AUGUCUUCUCAGAACUUUAUUUACUUGCGAGACUCUCUCAACUAUGAUUCCGAACACCCAGAGGACCGAAACAACCUAUUUGCCUUUUCUCCCGACAUCCUUCCUCUUUAUCAGACCAAGAUCAAAUCACUUGACAGAUUAACGGAGACAUACACGGAUUUUAUAGCCCAGACCGUUGUCCCGGAGGAAGAAAAUUACAUUUAUCUUCGUGGCCGCGCCUCCAAUACUGCCAAAGCAGCCUCUAACAGUUUUACCGUUUUGAAAGUUGCAAACGAGCUCAUCCUUUGGCCUCAAGUCCUCAAGGAUGCGACGAACGUCGGCAAGAAAGCAAUUAAAUUGGAAUACUCUCCCGGCUCCGUAUCUGACGGGGACCUAGCCCUCCCUGGCGUGACGGCUUCCCUCAAGAAUGAUGUUUUCAAACCGGAGAACAGGGGGGCUCGUCAUGAUGCUCUCCUUGUCUACAGUGGAGACAACUCAUUCACCAAACUCCCGGAUGCGAAGAAUCCCAAACAGCUUCUUUCCUCAGUUGGUAGCCCGACCACAUUCGCCUUCCUGAAUGCUAGAAUUGCCGAUCCUGUCUUCGAUGUUUAUAGUUGGUCUACCCGCCUUCGUUUCUUCGACGAUUCUGGUGUUCCGGUCAGGCUUGAGCUCGAUAUUGAGUCGAUUGGUAUUCCUAACGGCUUGGAAGCAUCCAUGUAUUCUUCAGAUUCCAGGUUGACCAUGUCCAGCACACCCAUCAUCAAUGGGCAACGAGUCGGGACUAGUUUAAGCAUCACAGGCGAAUACGACAGCCUUAUCACCAUUCAAAUUGUGAAGACGGAUCCAACUGUUGUACUCCCCAAUUACGCUUCUGUUUCUCUCGUGGCCAAUGUUAUCCAGAAGCUUGGCAAAAUUGAGGUUGCUACAGUCCUUGGAGCUGAACAUCUGCUCUUUGACGAAUCCAUCCGACUGGCGAGGAGUCUCGUCAAAACCAAACAGGCUGGAAGUACCGUAGAAGGGUUCUACUUCCGUGCCGAUAUUGGCGAUACGAACGUUAUCCCUCGAACUGGUCCCCUUUGGAUAUCUCCAGACGUACAGCCAUACGGCACCACACCUGAUGGGGACUACGAUAUUGAUUUUUCUCCUCAAAACUACGACAUCGAUAUUUCUACCAACCGUGGUACCAAGUCAUCUUUUGUAUCCCAGUCCGCCAACUAUAUCUAUUUGAGGGGAAACACGACCAUUCCCACCCACGUCGAACUAUCACUGUAUGCAAUCCCUAAUAAUCUCCUCAUCUAUCCGGCAAAUUAUGGACAACAUGUGAUCUCUGAAGUGGAUGUGAAUGGCAAUAAAGUUGCCGCCAUCCGCGACUUGGUCCUUACAAAACCUGGUCCUUGUGCUGUUGAUAAUCCUUUCAACUUUUUCAAUCCUGUUGAUCCCAAGACUCUUGGCUCUGAUCACUACUGCCUCAUAGGCGAAGCGAGGCUUUGGGCUGCCGAUCCUGAUGACAAACCGCUUUGGCCGCAUCAAGUCGCCCUUUCGACCGGAUCAGAUAUCGUGAGCUGGAUUUUGAAUACGCCGACAGUUGCAAACAGGAACAAUGCGUUUGUGAACAAUCCGGAUGCGGCGACUCAGGAUUGGCAGGUUAAUAUAACUGUUCCUGCUGAAUUCCCUACGACCACUAGGUGGCAUCUAGAGUUUGCUUGUACAAACAUGCCUGUUGGGGGAUUUAUUGCUAUGUCUGCCACGGGUAAUCUGAACUUAAACAUUGGAAAGACUCCUAUCACCAAUGCGAAUCAGGUUGUUGGGGUCAAAUUUACAGGUGUACAGGGACCAUACCCGAUGACCGUCACUUUCUACUGGUGGCAAGGCACUGGUACAAGUAUCCCGGCAGAUUCUAAUACCUCACUUCAGGGUGUCCUUAGGAUCGACCUUGGAGGCGCUUCCGCCUUGGCGUCAACUGACAGAGCUCAAAAGUGUAGCCCCGAGUCUCUUGAAUAUCCAUUGGUCAUCGGACCCGACUAUCCUAAUUUGAGGUCCAACAAGAAAGCAUUGGCAGGAUGGCACCAUCCUGCUGCCAAGGGUGAUACGAUCCUUGGAAAGGCGCACCCUAUACAGGAAAUCAAAGCUCCGGGUAGAUAUGAGGAUGGCACGUACUCGAAGCCUGUCUACAGUGUCGCCAUCGGUGGUGACGGCAAACGCUUUUACUAG